CUUCUAAUUAUCUGCUUAAAAACCUAACUAGAUCAAGUUGAUAAAUAUUUUCAUGUUGCAUAAAAUGAACCGGGAAUUUGAGACUUUCCAUUAGUGCAGGUUAUUCCCUCAGCAAUUAUUUACUCUUUAUGCAAACAGUUAACAUGGUUGACUCUGAUAAGGUAAAGUAAGCCCAGAGGAUUGGCUGAGGGAAAUGCUGAGUGCAGUCAAGCUGACAUUGACUGACUGUACGAUCAGAGGACUGGAAAAACCUGAACAAAUGUCAUAAGACUAACCUUUGGGUAGCCCUACCUGUUGGUGUACAAGAAAUAGAAGCAGCGCCUGGAUAGCGACCAGGCUUUGGAUCUCCAUUGCUGUUAAGUGUGUGUGUGUGUGUGUGUGUGUGUGUGUGUGCUAGUUUUUCUGACGUUGGACAAAGCCUUGGAUUAUAUUGGGAUUUGAAAGCAAAGAUUGGCACUAUACAGACUCUGCCAUGGCUCACAAGCCUUUCAGAGCAACGUUUAUCUGGAGUAGCAUCAUCAGUACCCUUCAGUCUCAAGUGGAGGUUAAAAGGAGGCGCCACAACUUGAAAUAUCACAAUGACUGCUUUCUUGGCUCUGAUGCAGUUGAUGUGAUCCUGGCACAUCUUGUACAGAACAAGUUCUUUGGAGAUAUGGAGAUUCCUCGAGCAAAAGUGGUACGUGUGUGCCAGGCUCUUAUGGACUACAAAGUGUUUGAGGCAGUGGAUACAAAGGUUUUUGGAAAAGACAAAAAACGGCCUAUGUUUGAGGACAGCAGUUGUAGCUUAUACCGGUUUCUAAAUGGAUACAAUCCACCAGGGACCCCUUUAGCAAAUGGAAGUGACUCUCCAAGCUAUCAGAGGAAUGUUUUAAACCGAACAUGUCGAAGGCAAGAAGAAUCUGUACAUUCAUCAUCCACCCCUGUCAAAUCUGACCAGUCUUUGGAGGAUCUCUUGGGCAAUUUGAAUCUAAAUGCAGUUAACAGCUCAGUGUUGAACUCUUUACCUCAUAAAAUUGUCCAAGAUGUUUGGCGAGAACAGACCAUCCUGCGUCUCUUACAGUUGGUGGAUCUUCCCGUCCUCGAUACGCUCCUAGAAGAAAAAGGAAGCGGCCUGCAGAUGAGAAAUGCACGGAGUGACCCUAACUUGCUCUCUAGAAGCAAUUACUUGGACCGGGAAAUCCUUAAGGCAUUUGGUGAAUCUCAUGCUGAUGACUGGCUGUCUGCUGCAAUUGACUGUCUAGAGUACCUGCCAGACCGGGCAGUUGUUGAAGUUAGCAGAACCCUUCCUGCAUGUCCUGAAGAAAUGGAAAAAUGCAAAAGACUUCUUUUUGAUGCCAUUGUUCAAUAUUACAACCAAAACAGAGAUCCACUUCUAACAAAUCAUUAUUUUGAUAUCCAUACUGGAAUUGCAGAGCUGCUGGUAAAUGGCAAGUCUGAGCAGGCAUUAGAAGCUCUACAACUAUGCUUAAAAUUGCUGGACUCGCAGAACAGAGAAGAGUUUAGAAGAUUGCUAUGUUUCAUGGCGGUUGCUGCAGAUCCUGCUGAAUUGCGACUUGAAAAAGAGAUUGAAAAUAGGAUGGCAGUUAAAAGAGCCUUUUCAAAGGCAAUUGUUAAACACAAAAGCCUUGCCAAGGGAAAGGUAGAUUUUCUAGUACUGUUCCUGUUGGACAACCAAAAGGACGUGUUUAAGAUUCCAGGAUCUUUGCAUAAGCUUGUCAGUGAUAAACUUUCAUUUAUUCAACAUGGUCAGGACCCUGACGUGGGCACAGGUUACACUUUCUGCCAAAGACUUUCUGGUCAGGAAUACUAUGGCAGUACUAGGAAAUCUACAAAUGAUGAACUCUGGAAGCUACUUCGCACAAUUCAUGAGAACCCAAAGAUCUCCCCCAAAGAAAAGAAACGGUUACUAGGACAAUUUUACAAAAGCCACCCAGACAUUUUCAUUCAGUAUUUUGGGGACCGGAUUUCGACAGUGUAUACGUGAACUCUUAAUGUAUAUUUUUUAGGUCUUGUACAUAUGUAAAGUUUUUUUUGUAUUGUGAAUAAUAAAUUUAUUUGGAAGAAACUU